GUUCCGGGACUCGGUUUGUUGUUGAAGGAAGCUUGGUCGUGUCGGCGAGGUCUCCAGCAGGUUUUUGGGGUCUGCGUGUGUGCGGGUAUCUUCGGGGCCCUGCUCCUGCAGACAUGGCGGCCUCCACCGCGGCCGGGAAGCAGCGGAUUCCUAAAGUGGCCAAGGUAAAAAAUAAAGCUCCAGCUGAAGUACAGAUAACUGCUGAACAACUUUUAAGAGAAGCUAAAGAACGAGAGCUUGAGCUUCUCCCACCUCCACCUCAACAGAAGAUCACAGAUGAAGAGGAAUUGAAUGAUUACAAGCUAAGGAAAAGGAAGACUUUUGAAGAUAACAUAAGAAAAAACAGGACUGUGAUUAGUAACUGGAUAAAAUACGCACAAUGGGAAGAAAGCCUAAAGGAAAUUCAAAGGGCUCGAUCCAUAUACGAGCGUGCUUUAGAUGUAGACUAUCGAAAUAUUACACUCUGGCUGAAAUAUGCAGAAAUGGAAAUGAAAAAUCGUCAAGUCAAUCAUGCCCGAAAUAUCUGGGACCGUGCCAUAACAACGCUGCCACGAGUCAACCAAUUCUGGUACAAAUACACGUAUAUGGAGGAGAUGUUGGGGAACAUUGCUGGUGCUCGGCAGGUGUUUGAGCGCUGGAUGGAAUGGCAGCCUGAAGAGCAAGCCUGGCACUCCUACAUUAACUUUGAGCUGAGAUACAAAGAGGUGGAGCGGGCCCGUACUAUUUAUGAACGAUUCGUUCUUGUGCACCCGGAUGUGAAGAACUGGAUCAAAUAUGCCCGCUUUGAAGAAAAACAUGCUUAUUUUGCCCAUGCGCGGAAAGUGUAUGAGAGAGCUGUUGAGUUCUUUGGAGAUGAGCAUAUGGAUGAGCACCUUUAUGUUGCCUUUGCCAAAUUUGAGGAAAACCAGAAAGAAUUUGAAAGGGUACGAGUCAUCUACAAGUAUGCCUUGGAUAGAAUUCCAAAACAUGAGGCCCAAGAUCUCUUCAAAAACUAUACCAUCUUUGAGAAGAAGUUUGGUGACAGGCGGGGUAUUGAAGAUAUCAUUGUGAGCAAACGGAGAUUCCAAUAUGAAGAGGAAGUGAAGGCUAAUCCACACAAUUACGAUGCAUGGUUUGAUUACUUGCGCUUAGUGGAAAGUGAUGCAGAAGCUGAAACAGUGCGAGAGGUCUAUGAGAGAGCCAUUGCCAAUGUCCCGCCCAUUCAGGAGAAGAGGCACUGGAAGCGCUACAUCUACCUCUGGAUCAACUAUGCGCUCUAUGAAGAAUUGGAGGCAAAGGAUCCUGAGAGGACAAGACAGGUAUAUCAGGCCUCUUUGGAAUUGAUUCCUCAUAAAAAGUUCACAUUUGCCAAAAUGUGGUUAUAUUAUGCACAAUUUGAAAUAAGACAGAAAAAUUUACCAUUUGCCAGAAGAGCUUUGGGAACUUCCAUAGGCAAAUGUCCAAAGAACAAGUUAUUUAAAGGCUACAUAGAACUGGAACUGCAGCUUCGAGAAUUUGACAGAUGCCGAAAGCUUUAUGAAAAGUUCUUGGAAUUUGGACCUGAAAAUUGUACUUCAUGGAUUAAAUUUGCAGAAUUAGAGACAAUCCUUGGUGAUAUUGAGAGGGCCCGGGCAAUCUAUGAAUUAGCCAUCAGCCAGCCACGCUUGGACAUGCCAGAGGUGCUUUGGAAAUCAUACAUUGACUUUGAGAUUGAGCAGGAAGAAACAGAAAGGACACGGAAUCUUUACCGACAGUUGCUCCAGCGGACACAACAUGUCAAGGUAUGGAUCAGUUUUGCUCAGUUUGAGUUGUCUUCAGGAAAAGAAGGAAGUGUGGCUAAAUGCAGACAAAUUUAUGAAGAGGCUAACAAAACCAUGCGGAACUGUGAAGAAAAGGAAGAGAGACUUAUGCUACUGGAAUCUUGGAGAAACUUUGAAGAUGAAUUUGGAACAGUAUCAGAUAAGGAAAGAGUAGACAAGCUCAUGCCAGAGAAAGUCAAGAAGAGAAGAAAGGUCCAGACUGAUGAUGGGUCUGAUGCAGGCUGGGAAGAAUACUAUGACUACAUCUUUCCAGAAGAUGCUGCCAACCAACCUAACCUCAAGCUUCUGGCUAUGGCCAAACUUUGGAAGAAACAACAACAGGAAAAGGAGGCUGCUGAGCAAGAUCCUGAUAAGGACAUUGAUGAGAGUGAAUCUUGAACAUUUGUUCACAUUAAGAACAUAUAAUGUUUUUCUAUAAACUUAGUUUGGGACUUUUGACUCCUGGAACUUUUUAUAUAUUUUACCAGAAAGGUUUUCAUAUCUUUGACAGAUAUAUUUUUUAAUUACUAUAAGAAUGCUUUGUGCUAGUGGGGCGGGGGGAAAGAGUUGCAAGUAAAAUAAUUUUUUAACUGCUGAAUUUUAUUCAGUUGAGUCCAAAUUUUUGUUUGCCAUGUCUCACAUUGGGAAAUGUAGUUAAGGUUAGUGCUUAGCAUCUGUUUUGGGCAUUUGUCUUUUUCAUGUUUGGUCAUGCCAUUAUUUUUCAGGUGUAGUUUUCUAAUGCUUUUUUUCUUCAUGAAGAUGCUGUGCAUCCACAUCUAAAACCUCUUUUUCCUGUUAAGUCACACAGACAAGUUCAUUUCUCAGCACUUCCCCUGAAGUGAUUUUCACUUUCCUCAAUCAUAGAAUGAGGUAAUUCUUUGAUGGUUCAUUCUGAAGAUUAGAAAAGGAAUAUUCCUGCUGCGCAGUAAGUGUUCAGUAAACUAUUGCUCCCAGCCACUUGAGUAGGUUCAUUCCUGUAUGGAACUGAAUGUGUGCAGGUUCAUUUAAAUCUAAUAACGCUUAUGAUACUGGAAAAUGUUGUCAUUCUUGUGCUUUGCUAAGCUUUAACUUGUAGUUACCUUAGGUUUUCCUUGCACAAGGAACCAAGGGUAAGUAAAGUAUAAGGUGUCAGUUAUGAGUAGGCAUAACUAUAACACACUGGGUGGUAUUAACUGGUACUUCAGGCAGAAAGAACCCAACACUGUUGGAGUUUGGGAAACAAUAUGUGGCAGCAUCUCUGUAGAUUAUUACUAAACUAUCUUGAAAUUAAGAUAGUAUAUGAAAGUGAGAUAAAUGCUUUCAGUCACUGGAGCAGCGUCAGGUUGAGUACUAAGGCCUUCUAGUCAGCAAGGAGGAAAUUUUUGUGAUUUUUAAUUAUCCUCUAGCUGAUUUUUCAGAGUUAAAUGGUGACCGUUAGGAUCAGAAUAUGGGCAUGUACCAGUUGCUUGCACAUUUUUCUCUUGAGAGAACAAAGAGGGUU